UAUUAUUUCAGAUUACAAUAUUAUUAUUUUAAUUGUUCUAUACUAUAAAAAAAUAAAAUAAAUUUUAUUAACUCUGUGAGAUAUUUUCUCAUCGCAAUAGUAAAGUAGGGGGGUCAGAAUUUAAAAAAUCGGGUCUGAUCGGUACAGUUCGGAGGUUCCCGUAAGAGUGCAUUUGUGUUUGGAUGUAUUAUUAUUAAAUAUUAUUUUUAAAUAAGUCAAUUUUUUUUGUUUUAAGAAAUUUAUUUUAUUUAAGAUUUUUUAAAUUAAAGGGACUAUAAGCAUGCGUGCGCUUCCACAUAAGGCGUGAGAGUUUUUCUCAUCGCGCGAGUAAUGAUAGUAAAUCGUUUUGCGAGAGUGCUGAAGGGUUAAAGUGGUUCCUAGAAAACCUGCAUUUCGCCAGUUGCUGACAAUUUUAGGAUUGGUUCAGGAUUCAGUUAUACCUCUUUGUUGGGUUUUAAUGCAAAAAAAACAUACUUCAGCAUAUGAGUCGGUACUCACAUAUUUUUUUAUUAAUUUGGCUCCACAUUUGCAUCCAUUAGCAAUAAACACUGACUUUGAACGUGCUCUCGGUACGGCAAUUGAGAGAAUCUAUCCUGGAGUAACUCAUACUCGAUGUUAUUUUCACCUAUGUCAGGCGGUUAUGAAAAGAGUAAAGAAGUUAAAACUUCUAAAUGGAAUCUAUGAAAACGAUGCGCGUCGAUUAUUUCUACAAAAAUUAUUAGUACUGCCUCUACUACCAGCUGAAGAUAUUGAAUUAGCAUUUUACUGGAUUGUUAGUACGACUGUGCCAGUUAUUUUAAUAUAUUUUAAAAAGCUGCUGAAGUACUUUCAUAGUCAAUGGAUAAGAAGAACAAGACCGGAGCUUUAUUCUGUUUUUCUUCGAAUUUUUCGAACUAACAACUUCUCUGAAGCCUAUAAUAAAGUGUUGAAUAUCCGAUUCGGUACUCAUCCAAAUAUUUGGGAUUUCACAGAAAAAAUUUUAAUUUUGCAGGAAUUAAAGCAUACAGAGUAUGCAUCUUUACAAAUUAGAAAUCAAGUAACGGAACACUCUAGAAGACGUGAGACCUUGAAAAACGAAAUCAUCCAUCGCGCUUAGGAUUUAUAUCAAAAUA